CUACCGUUUAGAAACGGAGAAAGAAAAAUACGAUCUACACAUUGUAUGACAAUUUUAACCCAAAGGUGUAAUAAUUUUGAGGGAAAACGUAGGUAUUUAUUCAUUUCUGAGGCAUUGUGAUGAAAUCGUCUCAGGAAUCAAACCUUUGAUGUCAAAAUAAGGAUGGCUCUUCACUGGUUUUGGGUCGUUGGUUGGUUUAUAACUCUUUUCGGUUUCCUGGGAAACACCUGGAUUAUUUUCAUCAUCGUGAAAAGAAGAAGAUUACAAACAACAGCCAACUGGUUUGUUCUUUCUUUGGCAAUCGCCGAUCUGGGCGUCACUUGUGGAUAUUUCCCAGCAUCUUUUGUUUGCAACAUACUCGUUCACUCAUGUAACAACAGCAUUCGCUUUAAUUUCUACAGCUUUUUCAUCGAAGCCUCCACCUUCUCGAUGAUUGCGAUGAUUGUGGAACGUUAUAUCGCCAUCGUUUAUUCAUUAAGAUACGUAUACGUUAUGACCACUGCAAAAACAAUCACUAUCAUUGUGGCAUCUUGGGGAGUUCCGAGUGUUCUCAUCUUCGCUAGAUGGGCAUACGAACUGUAUUACAAUGAGAUUUCUGCCCAGGCAGAGUUCGUAAUAAUCACCAUGUAUACGCUGUUGUUUGAAAUUGUGCCAACGAUAAUCCUUAUCGUAACAACCUCGCAUAUCUUGUUCAUCGCCCGAAGAGUUUCGAAGCAGAUGUCAGUUCUGUUGACUCAGGUUAGAUUUAACGUGGCGGCAAACUCUGCAAGAAUACUGAACGCACCAGUUAAAAUUGGGUUGAAAUCGUCAACGGUAAAAUUAGUGGUUGCAGUUGUUGCUAUAUUCGUAGUAUGUUACGGGACAGAAAUCUACGUCACAUUCUGUCAAGCCCCGUAUAACCUUUGUGCAGUCCCUGACGAUGUCCAAAUAUUCUUUUCUCUGCUAAUUAUGGUUAACUCAGUUCUUAAUCCGAUUGUAUACGCAUUCCUAAAACAGGAUAUCAAGAACGAGACAAGAGCCGUGUUUCGUUUCGGAAAGGAUAGCAGAUCACAUUCAGGAUCUCUGAGAACUGCUAGGAGCGGAUUCUACUCAGUAAUCACAUCAUGAGCGAUUUCACUCUUCACUCUUUCUCGUGAUAUCAUUGUUGGCAAUUACUCUUUAAUUUUGGCGCAAAAUAAAAUUACAAAGUUUCCA